CGUCCCAUCUCUUGCGGUGACGUUUCCAUUCCAUUCCAACCAAAUUCCAAUUGCAAAUCCCUCCCUCUAUAUAAACCAAUUCGACCACCUCUCACACUUCAUACAAAAAGAAAUACAUAUAGUUGAAACAAAGCUAUACAGUUUGUUUAAUUUUCCUCUAGAUCUGCACCUGCAUGCGCCAUGAAAACACAUAUAGAAAGCUUGUGGGUUUUGCUCCUCACUUCCAAAUUCAAAUCUCCAUCACUUGAAAACAUCACUUUGCUUUUGUUUUUUCUUUGUUUUGCAUGGUUAGCCAUGGCUUUGCUCUACUGGGCUCACCCUGGUGGUCCAGCGUGGGGACUCAACUACUACUCCACUCAUUAUUAUAAUUAUUGGUGGAAGAAAUCAGGAGGAAUUAAUAAUCUCAACAAAACCAAGCCCAUACCAGGGCCCCGUGGUGUUCCGGUGCUCGGAAGCAUCUCCCUCAUGGCCAACCUCCCUCACCGCCAGUUGGCCGCCGUGUCCAACUAUCUCCGAGCAAACCGUCUCAUGGCCUUCAGCCUCGGAGAGACACGUGUCAUCGUCACAUCCAAUCCCGACGUGGCUAAAGAUAUACUCAACAGCUCAGUCUUCGCUGACCGUCCAAUCAAAGAGUCUGCUUACAGUUUGAUGUUCAACCGGGCAAUCGGGUUCGCUCCUUACGGACCAUACUGGAGAACCCUAAGAAGAAUAGCCGCCACUCAUCUGUUCUGCCCUAAGCAAAUCAACGGCUCAGAAGCUCAGAGAUUCGAGAUUGCAAGCCAGAUGGUAUCACUGAUUGUCAAACAAAUAGAUGGUGGAGAAUUAAUUAAUGUCCGCGACACGCUACUAAAGCCAGCUUCACUGAACAACAUGAUGUGUUCUGUGUUCGGACGCAAAUACGAGCUUGCUUCAUCAAACAGCGAAGCACAUGAACUUAGUCGACUCGUGGAAGAAGGCUAUACACUAUUAGGCCAACUCAACUGGUCCGAUCACCUUCCUUGGCUUGCCGGAUUUGACCCACAAAAAAUCCGGUAUAGAUGCUCCAAACUUGUGCCCAAAGUGAACCAGUUCAUAAACCGGAUUAUCUCCGAGCAUAGAGCUCAAUCCACCAAUAUCAGCCAAAGAAACCAUGAUUUUGUUGACGUUUUGCUCUCCCUCAAUGGACCUGAUAAAUUAUCAGAUGCUGAUAUGGUCGCUGUCCUUUGGGAAAUGAUAUUUAGAGGAACGGAUACAGUGGCGGUUUUGAUAGAGUGGAUACUCGCGAGGAUGGUACUCCAUCAAGAUAUCCAAUCAAAGGUGCAGGGAGAGCUCGACCACAUCGUGGGAAGAUCACGACCGGUGAAGGAAUCGGACAUCACAUCAAUGGUGUAUCUUCAAGCAGUGGUGAAGGAAGUUCUGAGGCUACACCCACCGGGCCCACUUCUAUCGUGGGCCCGUUUGUCCAUCACGGACACUACAGUCGACGGGUAUCACGUGCCAGCAGGGACCACGGCAAUGGUGAACAUGUGGACUAUCACAAGGGACCCACAAGUCUGGUCGGACCCACUUCGUUUUAUGCCAGAGAGGUUCUUGACACAGCCUGGUGACGUGGAGUUCUCCGUAAUGGGAUCUGAUCUUAGGCUUGCGCCAUUCGGGUCGGGUAGGAGGACUUGCCCCGGAAAGGCAAUGGGUUUGACCACAGUCAGCUUCUGGGUGGCCAUACUGUUGCAUGAAUUCAAGUGGGUCCCAUCGAAUCACAGUCCUGUGGACCUCUCUGAGGUGCUUAGGCUUUCUUGCGAGAUGGCAAACCCUCUCUCUGUUCAAGCUCGUCCCAGGCGCAGACACAUGUGGGGAUAUAUACAAUAAUAUAAUACAUAAAAUGUAUAUAUAUUAUAUAUAUGCUGGUGCUUUCCUUUUGUCUCUUACAAUCCCUUAAUAUUUUGACUGCUGUAAAUUAAA